AUGACAUUAAAAUCUAAUUGGAAUAUUUUAUCUGAUAAUGAAAAUUCUCAAGAAAGUUUUUGGUUUGAUUGUGAUUCAAAAUUUGAUCUUAGUCCACAAGUUCGAUAUCCAAUUGAAGAAUGUACAAUUUCAACAUUAAAUAAAUUAUCUAUUAAUCAAAUUGAACCACCAAUGACAAGAUUAAGAACUAAAACUAUUGAAAAACCAUUGAUUAUUCCAGAAACACCAUCUAAAGAAAAACGUCCAUCAACAAUUCAACAUACUAUUAAUUCAUUUACUGAUAUGACAACAACAUUAACAAAUUCAAUUCUAUUGUCAAAACAAGAUUUAUCAAAUAAUCAAUUUGAAAAUUCUUCAACUAACGGUAUUAAUAUAUUGACUGAUUGGUUUGAAAGUUGUAGUUUAAAUGAAAGUAAAUGUAAAAAUGAUUUUUGGUCAAGUCAUAAAACAGAUAAUUAUAAUAAAUAUUCAAUACAAACACCGUCAUCAAAUGUUACAUAUAGUUCAAAUCCAUUUUCAAAAUCAAAUACUUCAUCUUUAUUUGAUCAACAACAAACACAGUUAUGGUCUCGGUUUCAUUUUACUACAUCAACUAUUCAAAAUAAUUUAGCAAUUGAACAAUACAAUUUAACAUCAUCAGAUAUAUUUAUUUCUUCAAAUAAAAAUUUUUCUAAUCAAUCUUCACCGUCACAAAUAGUGCCAUCUUUAUUAACAAAUACUUCAUCAUCAAUAAUACAAGAAACAUUAUCUCCACAAAUAAAUCAAUGUCAAAUAAGAAAUUCCGAAUUUUUAAAUAAAAAAGAAGAUUUUCCUAUUCAACAAUCAUCAUCAAAAGUCUUCUUUACUUUAAUAAUAUUUGUAUUUGGUCUUGUAUUUGGUUAUUUAUUUACAAAUACAUUUUCACCUAAUCUAUUUCAUCAUUGGUUUUUUGUUAUUUGGGAGAAAUGUAUGCAAAUAAGCGUAAAAUAUUUCUAUUUAUUAUAUAUUUAUCUUCAAACAGUUAUGAAAUAUUUUUCAUCAUUUAUAUUACUUUAA